CAUGAUUUCUCGGCGUCUCCAAUGUUGUGGUUCCCUAUCAGUGUCUUAUGAAGUUCGUCUUUUAGAAGUCGUUCAUCUUUCGCAAUGAAGAUCAAGUGCGCAUAUUUCGGACUGUUCGCCGCACAUUGUCUUGCGACACAAGCAGCGCAGUGCUGGCGACAAACACCUUGCAGCGGUCCCGACAAGACUGCUUUUCCAGGGGAGUGGGAGAGGAGUAUUUACGCACCAUCUUCCCGGACAGUCGCUCCAGAACAUGUCUUCACAACUCGGGAUAGAAAAUCUCGUCCAUGGACAGGCUCUGCCAGCCUAUCUGGCAACGGCUCGAAUGUGGUCCUGGACUUUGGACGAGAAGUAGGCGGAAUCGUGUCGUUGUCCUAUUCUUCCUCUGGUUCCGGCAGUCUAGGUAUGGCAUUCACCGAAGCCAGCACAUGGAUCGGCGAGUGGUCCGAUGCAUCCAAUGGGAAAUUCGCUGGCAGAGACGGAGCGCUGUACGCAAAUUUCUCUAGAGCCGGAAAUGGUACAUACGUUAUGCCGGACAAAGUCAUGCGGGGUGGUUUCCGCUACCUGACUGUUUUCCUAAUAUCAAACACCACCACCACUGUCAGUCUAUCCGACGUGCAACUGGAAAUCAGCUUUCAGCCUACUUGGGCCAACCUCCGAGCUUACCAAGGUUAUUUCCACAGCGACGACGAGCUGUUGAAUCGAAUUUGGUAUGCAGGUGCAUAUACCUUGCAGACUAACUCUGUGCCGGUCAACACCGGACGUUGGGUUCCGAUGCUGGCCAAUGGUUGGGCAAACAACGGUACCUUGGGUCCAGGGGACACAAUCAUUGUAGAUGGCGCUAAAAGAGACCGCGCUGUAUGGCCAGGCGACAUGGGAAUUGCCGUUCCUUCUGGAUUCGUGAGCAUCGGGGAUUUGGAUAGCGUCAAAAAUGCGCUGCAGGUCAUGUACAAUUACCAAAACAAAGACGGUUCUUUCCCCGAAGCAGGGCCUCCUCUUCUGCAACAAAACAGCGACACUUACCAUAUGUGGACCAUGAUAGGCACGUACAACUACAUGCUCUACAAGAAUGAUACGGCCUUUGUACAGCAGAACUGGGACAAAUACCUGAAGGCAAUGACAUACAUUUACAGCAAGGUCCAACCCAGUGGUCUCUUGAACUCCACAGGAACACGCGAUUGGGCUCGCUGGCAAACCGGCGGUAACCUCACAGAAGCUAAUGUAAUCCUGUACCACACCCUGCGAACCGGAGCAUCGCUGGCUACUUGGAUGAAAGACACAACCGGACUGAGCUCGAAGUGGUUGCAGCAAGCUCAGAGUCUACGAGCGAACAUUCAAGCUCAUUGCUUCGACGAUGCAUACGGCGCUUUCAAGGACAAUGCUACGGCCACAAAACUCCACCCACAAGAUGCAAACAGCAUGGCUAUACUCUUCGGCGUAGUCAAUGCCUCGUCUUCUACCGCAUCCAGCAUCUCUUCUAGGCUGACGGAAAAUUGGUCAGACAUUGGGGCUGUGGCUCCUGAGUUGCCAGAGAACAUAUCGCCGUUCAUCUCUAGCUUCGAAAUCCAAGCUCAUUUUACUAUCGAUGAGACAAACCGAGCUCUUGAACUCAUCCGCCGAAGCUGGGGAUGGUACGCAAAUCACCCAAACGGGACUGGUUCCACUGUCAUCGAGGGUUAUUUGGUAAACGGCACGUUUGGAUAUCGAUCCAGCCGCGGUUACGGCUAUGAUGCGUCCUACGUAUCACACGCUCAUGGUUGGAGCGCUGGACCUACAAGCGCAUUGACGGAGUACCUUGUGGGUCUCGCAGUUACCAGUCCUGCAGGGAGCACCUGGACCUUAAGACCCCAGUUCGGUGAUGUCAAGAAUGCUGAAGCUGGGUUUGUUACAGACUUGGGCAAGUUCGUCGCCAAGCGAUCACGAUAUGCGAGCGGUUAUCGGGUCACUGUCAACACUCCGAGUGGGACAACUGGUGAGGUCAGCCUGCCUGUAUUCGUCAAGGGAAAAAUUCCGGAUGUAAAGAUCAAUGGCACAAAACCAAGAGCCGCCCGUUUAGAGGACCACAAUCGCGUGGCGUUCUCCCUCGAGGGAGGAAACUGGCAGAUUGUGGUUACUGAAAGAUAUUAGAUACGAAUUUAGAUAUCGCAAUGUGCCGAG